UACAGAAAUUAUCAUUUCUCAGGCUACGAACAAGCCCUAAUUACAUUCUUAGUAUUCAGUUAACUAGUUUUCUUAACUAGGCUGAGAAAAAAAAUGGCAAUUAAGCUUGCACUUGUAGUCAUACUCUUUCUAGCCUCAUGCGCUCUUACAAAUGGAAGAUCUCUUAGAUCUUCGACGAAGCAUCUUGAUCGUUAUAGUUUUCCUCCUAAUUUUAGUUUUGGUGUUGGUUCUUCAGCUUAUCAGUAUGAAGGUGCAACCGCAGAAGGAGGGAGGACACCAAGCAUUUGGGACAACUUCACACAUGCAUAUCCAGAAAGAACAAAUAUGGACAAUGGAGAUAUAGCAGUCGAUUUUUAUCAUCGAUAUAAGGAUGACAUCAAGCUGAUCAAGGAAAUGAAUAUGGAUACUUUCAGAUUUUCCAUCUCUUGGUCAAGAAUAUUACCAAGUGGAAAAGUAAGCGACGGCGUAAACAGCGAAGGAAUUCAAUUUUACAAAAAUCUCAUUGAUGAAAUUAUCAAGAACGGCAUAAAACCUUUUGUAACUAUCUACCAUUGGGAUAUCCCUCAAGUUCUCGAGGAUGAGUAUGGUGGAUUCUUAAGCCCUCGAAUCAUUGAUGAUUUCCGGAACUUUGCAAGAGUCUGUUUUCAAGAAUUCGGUGACAAGGUCGAUAUGUGGGUAACGUUCAACGAGCCAUAUAUUUAUACCGUUGCGGGUUACGACAAGGGCACUAAAGCAAUGGGACGAUGCUCAAAAUGGGUAAACAGCUUAUGUGUGGCUGGUGACUCGAGCACAGAACCUUAUUUAGUCUCUCAUCAUCUUCUUCUAGCUCAUGCUGCAGCUGUUGAAGAGUUUAGAAAAUGUGACAAGAUCUCACAAGAUGGUAAGAUAGGCAUAGUGUUAUCACCUAUGUGGGUCGAACCUUAUGAUGUUGAUUCACAUGCUGAUAAAGAAGCUGUUGAACGAGCUCUUGACUACUAUCUUGGUUGGCAUCUUGAUCCUCUAAUUUUUGGAGACUAUCCAAAAACGAUGCAGAAAAACGCUGGAAAUAGAUUACCUUCUUUCACCAAAAAACAAUCUGAAAAGAUUAAAAACUCGUUCGAUUUUAUCGGGAUGAACUACUACAGUGCUCGAUAUGUCACACACCAGCUUCACAAUGACCCUUCACGGCUUCGUUUCUCGACGGAUCAACAUGUGGAUUACAAACUGACAAAUCGUAGCGGCGAUUACAUUUCUUCAGAAUCGGAUGAUUUAAAAUUUAUUUAUGUCUAUCCCGAGGGCAUACGGAAACUUCUAAAUUAUAUUAAAAAUAAAUACAACAAUCCAACUAUCUACAUUACUGAAAACGGAUAUGAUGACUACGAUGUUGGGACAGUCCCACGUGAACAACUAUUAAAGGACACAAAGAGAAUAGACUACCUCGAGAAACAUCUUCAAGAACUCCACAAAGCUAUCACUGUGGAUGGAUGUGACGUUAGAGGCUAUUCUACAUGGUCGUUGUUGGAUAAUUUUGAAUGGGAACAUGGAUACACGAUGAGGUUUGGUCUAUACUACGUUGAUUAUGCAGAUAAUCUAAAACGAUAUGCUAAAGAUUCAGCCAAAUGGUUUAAAAAGUUCCUAGAAAGAUCGGAGCAAUCGACACCGUUGGAUCUAUUUAAGAGUAUCAAAAAAUGGUGGUCUGCUUUGCUGGUGAUCUAACUUCUUUGGGAGUCAUGAGAAGCAAACAACUGAGUCCUUGUUCAAUGAGAAAUUAUAAAAUAUAGAUAGAUUCAUAGAUACAUGUUUACUACGUACGCAGUCAUGUUUUUUACAAAGUUCAUGUGUAACUUUCGCAGCAAUACACAAGAACAGUAAAUAGUAGAUGUAUGUAAAUGAAUAAAGAUACAUUUAUACUAAAAAA